ACUGAAAGGGUUGAGGAGCUUUUGCCUAUAUUUAAGCUAGCACAACAACAAGAGUCAAGAGGUGGGUUCUCUUUGGACUUUGGGGGGAGCAUCCAUCCAACAGCUCCAGUUGAUUGUGUCCAAGGAAGGCACAAGUAUUAACUAUGCGCGUCCCAUCAAAAAAAAUUUUGUGCUUGAUUUCACUGAUCAAAGAAUCCUCUGCCAAAGGAAAAUGGCAAGACCUUCUUUUCCACUACCACUCACUCCAGGGUGAGGGGGCAGCUAUUCAGCUUACUGACGUUUCGGUAUUCCCUCCCAUUCUUAAAGCUUGCUUAAACCUCCCGCUCUCAUUCACACAUGGACAUGCUGCCUCCAUCCACGCAUCUAUGCUCAAGCAUGGUUUCGCAGCAUCAUUCACUUCCAUCUGGAAUUCCAUUAUUGAUUUUUACUCCAAAUCUGGAAACUUGGGCGCUUCCAUGCGUGUUUUCCAGUCUAUGACCAAUCCAGACUCCGUGUCCUGGAAUACAAUCAUUCACGCCCACCUUUAUCAAGACGUUUCUCCUCGGGAAGGAUUAAGAUUGUUUGAUCAGGCCCGUCUUGCUGGGUUUCAAUCCAAUGUCUCCACCUUGGUGCUUGUGGUUCAGACUUGUAGAAAUCUUGCAACUUUUUUUAAUGGACAGAAGAUUCAUGGUUACGUAAUCCGAAGUGGGUUUUCGGCUGUAAACUCCGUCCAAAACUCGCUGCUGAAUUUUUAUACAGAAUUUGGAAUGGAACUUGCACGGGAGCUGUUUGAUGAAAUGAGUGACAGAGAUGUAAUUUCUUGGAGUGUGAUGAUUGCUGGCUUUGUUGCAAGUGAAGAAUCCACACUUGCUUUGGAAUUGUUCAAGGAGAUGAUAUCUGACUGGGGGAUAAGAGCAGAUGAACAAAUAGUAGUGAGUGUGCUUAAGGGCUGUAGCCGUUUGAGGGACAUUAAAAUGGGAACCCUAGUCCAUGGUUUCGUGACGUCAAGAGGUUUAGGUCAUGAUUUGUUUGUUGACAACUCUCUGAUUGACAUGUAUUCUAAGUGUAAUGACAUGGAUUCUGCAUUACGAGCCUUCUGUGAAAUGCCUAUCAAGAAUAUAGUAUCCUGGAAUUCCCUGCUGUCUGGACUUGUUCAUAAUGGAAACCAUGCCGACGCUCUUCUUCUGUUUGAUUCAAUGGUUAAUGCAGGAGCAGAGGCUGACGAGGUAACGUUAGUUAAUCUGCUACAGGUAUGCAAGCAUUUUGGUGAUUCUUAUCACUGUAAAUCCAUACAUUCAAGAAUAUUCCGACAAGGUUAUGAGUGGAAUGAGUUGGUCAUAAAUUCUCUGAUUGAUGCUUACGCCAGGUGCAAUCUCAUUACUCUUGCCUGGAGACAGUUUAGUAACAUGAAAAUACGAGAUGAGGUAACAUGGAGCACCAUGAUUGCAGCCUUCAAUAAUCAAGGCAUGCCUGAUGAAGCAAUUGCGGUUUUUCAAGAGAUGUGCUGCAGGACAUCCCCCGUAAAGCCCAAUUCUAUAACCAUGCUAAAUCUUCUUGAGGCUUGUUCUCUUUCUGCUGAUCUAAGAAUAUCAAUGUGGGCUCAUGCCAUUGCUAUUAGAAGAUACUUGGCAUCCGAAGUAGCAGUUGGGACUGCAAUAUUAGAUAUGUACUCGAAAUGUGGAGCAAUAGAAGCUUCGAGAAAAGUCUUUGAAUGGAUACAUUGCAGGAACGUUGUCUCCUGGAGUGCAAUGAUCGCAGCAUUUGGAAUGAAUGGCCUUCCAAAUGAUGCUCUAGCAUGUCUGGCCGAGAUGAAAUUGCAUGGGCUGAAACCCAACCCGGUAACCAUUCUUUCUGUGUUAUCAGCUUGUAGCCACGGAGGACUGAUUGAGAAGGGGCUCUCUCUCUUUGAAGAGUUGGUACAGGAUCUUGAAGGUGAACUUGUGGCAGAACAUUACUCAUGCCUUAUUGAUUUGCUGGCUAGGGCCGGAAAGCUGGAAAGUGCAAUAGAUUUAAUAGAGAGGCUACCUGAUGGACAAAAGCCCAGUGCAAGUGCCUGGGGUGCGAUCUUAAGUGCCUGUAGGAAUUAUGAGAACACGGAGAUUGGAUUUGGUGCCUUCUCUCAGGUCCUUGAAUCUGAAACAUCAAGCACAUCAGCAUAUUUGCUUGCUUCGAGCAUGUAUGCUUCUAGUCAUUCCUGGACUGAUGCCACUAAAAUGAGAUGGUUGGUGAAUAAUAAUAGAGGCAUGAGGGUUGAAGGCGCUUACAGUUUAGUACAUGUAGAUGGCAGGGCACGCAAGUUUUUAGCCGGCAAUAACCGUAGUUCGUUGCCUGAUGACUUGUGCCUUGCUAUUGAGCGACUGCACUCAUCUAUUUCAAAUACAACAAGAUAAGAGCAAGCGUAGGAUUUUUGUGCAGAUGGAGGAGCUUAGCUUGUUGGUAUUGAAGCCAUACAUCAUUUUGAAGAAAAUAUAUUAUGCUGAGCUGAGAUUGAUCUUACUACUGUAAGCAGCAGCUUCUUGCCUCAUGGUCUAUGU